GGACGCGGGCGCCCAGGGAAGGCGGAAGGACUCGGCGCGCCCGGCGGCCCAGCGCAGAGCAGUUUCCUUACUACGCGCAGCUGCGCCCCCGCCGAGUCCCCAAGUCCCUCAAGUCCGGGCCGGGAGCCCCCAGCCCCGCGGGCGCCAUGCGGGAGCAGCUGCUGUUGUUCUGCAACUGGAGCACUCUGGGCGUGUGCGCUGCGCUCAAGCUGCCGCAGAUCUCCGCGGUGCUGGCGGCGCGCAGCGCGCGGGGCAUCAGCCUCCCGAGUUUACUUCUGGAGUUGGCGGGUUUCCUGGUGUUUCUCCGGUACCAGUGUUACUAUGAGUACCCGCUGUUCACCUACCUGGAGUACCCCAUUCUCAUCGCACAAGAUGUCCUCCUCCUGCUGUGUGUCUUCCAUUUCAAUGGGAACGUGAGAGGGGCAGUGCCCUACCUCGGGGCGUUUGUGGCCUCGUGGUUCAUCCUUCCCCUGCAGAAGUGGACCAUAGAUCUGGCCAUGAAUCUGAGUACCUUCAUCAGCGCGGCCAGCAAGUGUGCCCAGCUGCAGUGCCUGUGGAAGACCGGGGACUCGGGAGCCCUGAGCGCCCUCACCUGGAGCCUUGCUUCCUACACCUGCGCCAAUGACAGAGCUGAAAGCCACACGCUGACUUGAGAAGGAAUAUAAUCUGCCGCGGUGAGUUUUCCGGAGCCGUGUUGCUGGGUCUCCGGUCCGGAAUUUCCCCUGUUCCCGCAGAUUCUUGCAGAACUGCCUAACACAUACACACUGUUUUAGGUAGAAACAUUUUAAAUUCAAAGCUAUCACAUUAGCUAGGCUUACUACUUUCAGAUCUUGGAAUUCUACUUCGUACUUCUGUGUCCCAAAGGACCGAUGUCUCCAUUAAGGGUUGAUGGAAAGGGUCUUUGUGUCCCGAGUGUUUUUUAAAAUGAAGGCUUCUUGAGUUUUAUUUUCCCCUUUAAAAUGUUGAAGUGUUAUGACGCGUUGAAGUAUAUGUAUGGUUUCCGGAAUUGCUAAUUAGGUAUAUUACUUAUUAGCUCCCUAAUUUUACCUGGAGGAAUUCUCUUGAAGUGCAAAUUGAUAUUGCUGAAUGUUUUC